AUGCGUCGCGCCUCGAGGGCGUUACGAGGCCACGCCGUCGUCCCAUCGACAUCCUUCCGUUUCUCUUCGGCUCUUCAGUGGCCUUCUGAAGUGAUUAAUUUAGGGCUCUGCUCAAAUACAUUGAGUUCACUUCAGAACAUUCGAAUUAGUGAGAAUAUUAAGUUGUUGGAGGAGUUCUGGGCCGAACGUCUUCAGGAACAGUUCAAACAGGCUAAAAGCGGUAACUAUUUAUUAUAUUCCGAACAGUUUUCAUUCAAUUUAAUUCUUAAGGCUAUCAAUUAUUUUUUUAUUUAUCAGCUUUCACAUUUUCAAUGAAGGUUUUCUGAUUUGAGCCUUGUAAGGAACGAGAAAACAAUUUUGUGAAGAAAUAGUAUGGAAUAAUUCAGUUGUGUGUUAUUUGAUAAUAAUUCAAUUAAUUGUAUGAAGAUUGUCAGGAAACUGGGGUGGAAACUGUUUUCGGUUCACUAAAUAUCAUUUUUUACAAGAGAUAUAUAGUCUUUUCAGAUUUUGAAUGUCAAGUAGAAUGACGUCAUUCGAAAACUCUCUGUGGAUGGCUCGCUCUCUGAUUGGUUUAUCGCGCCAUUAGGGGGCGGAGCUUGAGCGAGGACUUGACAUUUAAAAACUGAACAGACUAUAUGCUCAUGCUCAUUUCGUAUCUGGUUCCUGAAUUAGUAGUGCUCUUUCGAAUAUAGGCUUCUUUCGAGUUUAAUUUAAGCGGUAUUUGAGUUUUUGUAGUGUUCAGCUUAUGAAUUACAAUCAUUUCAUAAAAUUAGCUCUAAAACUUUCCAGAGUUCUGUUGGAAAUGGGAAGAAACGAUACAUUUUGUCAAUGUUUCCUUAUCCGUCGGGUCGACUUCAUAUGGGACACAUGAGAGUUUACACAAUUUCCGAUGUCUCGGCAAGAUAUUACCGUCUGAACGGAUUUAAGGUUUAUAAAGUAGGGUUUUUGAUAUCUAACCAGGAUUUAAACAUAGGUAAUCCACCCGAUUGGCUGGGAUUCCUUCGGUUUGCCGGCCGAAAAUGCGGCCAGAGAAAGAGGCGUCGAUCCUAGAGAGUGGACUUUGCAGUGGGUUUUUUGAACAAUAGAAGUAUAAGUUGGGAUAAUGAUUGAGAGAGAAUACUGCGAUGAUUCAGAAAAACAGACUGGCCAUCAGAGAAAAGCGUCUUAAUGUUUUACAGAAAUAUUUCCGCGAUGAGGGAGCAACUAACGAAAACCGGAGUUCUUUUCGAUUGGGAACGGGUUCGUUCCUCUUCACUCAUAGAAAUGUCUUGGAAUCAAACAGAACUGUUGCGAAUAUUGAAUUAAUAUACUAUUUAGAACGCAAAAAACAGCUUUAAAACCUUUUGUGUUAGUAUAUUCAAUAUAGACUCUUCAAUACUGUUUUUUCUUCAGUUAUUAUGUUUUACAGGAAAUCUCAACCUGCGAUCCGCAGUUCUACCGUUGGACACAAUGGCUUUUUUGCAAACUCCAUGAGAAAAAGUUGAUCCGACGAAGUUUAUCCGAAGUCAACUGGGAUCCGGUGGAUCAGACUGUCCUAGCUGCUGAGCAGAUUGAUAAUGAAGGUUUUCGAAAUGGAAGGAAAUAGGAAAUUUAUAAGGAAUGUGAAGGAAGAAGCUGGAGAAGCGGAGCGAAGGCGGAGAAAAGAAAAUUGCGCCAAUGGAUGGUGGAAACGCCGCGAUAUGCCAAGGUUGUUGUUAGAUCGGGAAUAAAGCUUUAAAAAAAUGACAAGCAAGAUUAGAUUUUUUUUUUUUUUGAUAAAUAUAUGUACACAUAAAAAUUUGAUCUUCCAAAAAAGUAUGAAAGAUCUCCUGAAGGAGAGGCGCUUGUCCCCGAGUUUGAGGAGUACCUUGAAAAGUUGGACUCUCUGCAGGCCAUCGCUCAUUUCUUGCUUCUUCUUCUUCACUUGUUCUUGCUUUCGAUAGCUUCAUUUUUGAAAUUUUUUUUGCGAGUUUUCUGUGAUUUUUUUCCUAAACAUUGAAUUGAGUCUGAAAAAAUUCAGAAAGUAGAAGUUCCAGGCCCUUCACGAUGGCUUGAAGGAUUUGGCCCCGCAGUGGAAAGAAGUGGCCGAUAUUCAGUCGAAUUGGAUUGGACGUUGCGAUGUUUUCCGAUUUUUGCUUCCUGUUAACGUUUUUUUAUUCAAUUAGACAAAAGACAAAUGAUGGAAAUUUGGUAGAACAAAGACACCGGAGCGAAAUUGGAUGAACAGCUGGACCUGCGAAUCAAAGAAAUUCGGCAGAUUUCGCAGACAUUUUUCCUUGUUCUACGUCAAAGCCAUCCUUUUGCGGAUGUUUCUAAGAAAGGGAUCGAUGAGCCGUGUCAGUUUGAAAAUGAAAACAAAGGAGAAACAAGUUCUCUAAAUAAUAAAUUGUAGAAGUUUGAAUGUAGAAUCAAAAAAUGCCAUAUUGCUUUAAACUUUCGAGUACUUUCCAUCGCUGCUAGAAGUUUUGUAGUUUGUUUUCCAGAACAUUCUCUUAAUAUGAACCUUUAGACACAGGAAAACACCCCAGUGUUGCUUUUUUCAAACGUUUCUUAGAAGCUGUGCUCUAGGAAUUUCCCUGAAACAUUUAAGGACCUUCAAAAACGGUUUUUCCGGAUUAUUCAAAGAAACGUCAAAAACCGUUUCCAGACCAACUACCCAUCUCCGUUCUGAACGGUGUCACUGGCCAGUGGAUGGACGUCGUCGUCGCUCCAGAUGACUAUCAAAAAAACGCCGAAUUCCAUCUGGAUGUUCGGCCUGGCGACCCGAAAAUUGACGACGUUCUCAUUUCCACGUUUGGCCUGAAGUCAUCCCGAAAAGACUUGUCAAUGAACAAAAACGACGUCCAAGAGAUUGCCUCGGUUUGGAGUUUGAAUUGGUUUUUUUUUAGUUUCAUGAAAAAUUUAACAAAAUUUAAGAUUCUUCACUUUUUUCUUUUCAUGCUAAAGUUUGUCCUUCAGAGCUCAAAAAUAGCUUCUGGCCUAUUCAUUUUUGGUCUUAAAAAUUAUAUAACUUCGACUUUCUCACGAAUUUCUCGAGGAAAGUUUCAUUUUUGAAUCCAGCGGAAAAUCCUGAACAGGAAGUUUCUUUAAAAGCUUUGGAAAACACAAAAAAGGGUUUUCAAUUAUUGAAAAGUAUUUUUUCGACCUGCUUAACUUGUUCUGAAACAGAUGUAAUCCCUUCUUUUCGGAUUUCCAAGCGAAAGUUAUUUGUUUGAUAAGUUUAUGUUUUUUAGAGGAACUACGUAUCAAAAAAAAACGUUAAAAAGUAUACGCAAAGGACAGAAAUCAGGUGUUUGAAUUUGGUCCAAUAGUUGGAACGAAAACUUUUCAAAGUUUCUUAGUUAUUUUUUUUUCUGUAAGAAAUUAAUGUUUCCGUUAUUACAAUUGUUUUAUGAGAAAGAAAACGGUUACAAAACUCAGGAAAAGUGGUAUUUAAAAAGAAGACAACAUUCUCUCCUGAAUCAUGGAAUCUUGGAUUUCGGUUGGCAAAACUGUCGUUGAACGGCGGGAAGACUGACCACGCGGGAUGUCGAAAAGAGAUAAAUAAUCAAUCCAUCAAUUACUGCGUUGUUUUAGUCAUAGAUGUAGGGGUUCGAAAUGUGCUUUUUAUAAAUGAAGACUUUGAAAUUUCGAAUAUUUCGAUUUGAAAAUCGACACUCGUUGCGAGAUCGAGAAAUAUCAAGACGAGUGCGAGAUUCCAAACAACCCUGUAUCGAACAACCGUUUUUGUCGAAAUGCAAGUCCAAACUUGUCGAAAAAGUGGAAAGCAUGAUCUCACGAUCCUUCGGUUAAAAAUUUUUUUAUGGAUAAUGAGGUAAAAAAACAAUUCAAACUAUAUUAUAUAUAUCAUAACAUUUCUCAAUAUUUUGCUCUAGACCCACAGCGAUUUUUCAUCUCAUUCUUUUUUUUUUCAAAUUCUACGCGAAGAAAGCUGGAAAGUUACUUCAUCAGGCUCCUGUUUCAUUCUUCCAAAAUUCAUAGAACCAUCUUUCGGUAUUUGAUUUUCUACUUGGUAUCUCUUGGUUCAGAAAAAAAAAAAUCUAAAAUAAACUUUUUCAAAGAUGAAUUUUCUUAAGAAGUUUGUGUGUAAAAUAUAAUUUCAGUUUGGCGGUUAUGGUGGCUACGAGACUUCAAGGACGUUACAAGAUUGGGUCGUUAGCAGGUUAUUUCCUUUUUUCUCUUUAAGGGAAUUAUCAAAACGUUGAGAGAGUUAAAUAAAAAGAAAAGAGCGCGUUUACUUGAUUUUUCUUUCAAUUCUGAAUCACUUUCAUUUUUCUUUACAUUUUUAUUUAAAGGCAACGAGGCUGGGGGACGCCGAUUCCGAUGAUUCUUUCUCGAGAUGGAACCGCGGCUGUACCUGUCAAAUAUGAAGAUCUUCCGGUUCAUUUUUUUCAUUGUAGGCUCAGGAAAAACAAUGCUAAAAGAUCUCCAAUUUGUUUUUUUCACCUGAGAAAUUUAUUGAGUAUCGUCCCAAGCUAACGUUCAAUCUUUUAUCAAUUUUUCAAAAGCAUUGUUUCAUCUCUUUCAAGCUGCUACAAGGCAACGGAGGCGUUGAAGUUGAUUGUUCGAGGCUCGCCGGUGGAAAGGGCGUCUUGGAAAGUGACACACUCGACACGUUUUUUGAUUCUUCCUGGUGAGUUUCGUUGAGGUUUACUUAAUUUUGGUUUGUUCUUCUCAACCAACUUUUUGAAGAAAAAAAAAAUCAAGUUCAAAGGAAUUUUCUAUUUGAACUUUAGCGAAUUAUUUUCACUUUUUUCUUCCUUGUUAGAGUUACUUGCGCAACUGUAUUUAAUCAAGAACACUUAGACCAUCUUUCCUUUUAUUUUGUUGGCACUAGACGGAAUCUGAGCGUUUCGCAGACCCCAAAACUGCUUCGUAAACUUUUUUUUUGUCGUAUUUUUCAAUUCGAAUAAAUUUGUAUACUGUUAAUUGUCAAGAAAUAAAUUUAAUAUGACUGGAGUAGAGUUAUUGUCUUGUUCCAUACAACACGACAAUUAUAGUAUAGAAUUUCACCAAGAAAUAUUCUGAAAUUUUCAAUAAAUUUCGUCUGGAAAAGUAGAUCAACUUCAGGUACUACCUACGCUACUUGGACCCAAAAAACAAUCACGAAAUCGUUUCGAAAAAUGCUCUUUCCGGGAUGCCGGUUGAUCUCUACGUUGGAGGAAUCGAACAUGGUUUCUUGUGAAUCAAAAAAGUGAAUAGAAAACAUUUUUAGCCGCUGUCCACAUGUUCUUCGCUCGCUUUAUCUCCUACUUUUUGAACAAUAUUGGUGUCACCGAGGUUUUUUUUUUUCCGAAAUAAUGUUUUUCAAACGUGUUUUUUAUAGGUGAAAGAACCGUUUGUAGACCUGAUCCCACAGGGUAUCGUACGAGGAAAAACAUUUGUCGAGAAGAAUAGUAGGCGUUAUUUGAAGCCGGAGGAAAUCGUUGGAGGUACUUUAAAGCAACAAAAAAAACCUCAAAAUGGGUCCAAGGACGAUUGAAUCAACUUUAUAUGGAUAUGGGGCUUUUAAAAAAAAUCAAUUGUUCUUCCUCAAUGGUCAAAAAGAAGUUUAAUUGAAUUUUGUUACCACCAAAAAAGUGUCGUUUCAUGAGCCACGGGAAAAAUAAGUUUUAUCAUUUUUUAGACGACAAGCUCAAGACGACGUCCGGCGAAGAUGUUGAGGUCGUUUUCGAGAAGAUGAGCAAGUCGAAGAACAACGGAAUCGAUCCUUUGGUCGUUCUGGAACGUGAUGGCGUUGAUCUGACACGAUUGCAACUUUUGGAUGCUGCCGCCCCGAGAGCGCCGAUCAAUUGGGGCGAUUCAGGUCAAUUGAAUGACAAUCUUUGUUAACAAAGUGCAUCGAUGAAAGUCGAAAACUCUUGGUGCAAAAAUAAAUUCAGGUGGUGUUCCUUUUUAGGAGCAUGUUAGAAUCUCUAACCACCAUCUAGUAGGAUGAACUGUGUUUUUGCUCACAAUUGUUAUUGUUAUUUGUUGCUGCGAGUGAUGAUGGCCAUUUUUGGUAUGAUACCUUCUAAGUCCUACCUUUUCUUUCACUAUAUUUCGAAAUUCGACUGUUUCUCUUUGAGACUCUUCCAAAAAAACUUUUGUGACCAAAAACGCAGUUCAUCCUAAUAGAUAGUGGUUGGAGGUCCUAAUAUUCUCCUGAAAAAAUAACACCGCCUGAAUAUGAGAGAUAGAAAACCCGUUGAAAAUUUUUUCUUCAGAUCUGAAAGGCAUCAAAAAAUGGCUAGACCGGACGGCCAACGUCGUUUCCAAAUUUGUCGCUGCCAGGAAAACUGGAUCUUUGCCUAAAUCAGUGGAGAAUGUUGAGAAGGAGCUCAAGGAGACUUACAACUUUUUUGUUCGGAACGUUCGUUUCGAAAGUUAUGAAUUUCUUUAAACAGUCUUUUUUUCAGGUAUCUAUGUGCCUGGAAGUCUUGCACCUUCACAACACGGCCUUAGCUCGUCUUCAAGGCUUUACCAACUCUUUGAGGGUAUUUUUCUGUUUUUGUUUCGAUAGGUGAAUUCUGUGGUUUCUGGUAUGUUUAAAGGCGUAUCGGAAAGGUCUCGAUACAAAGAGCCGCCUUCAGCUUUUUUUUCAGUCUUCUGCGCCUUCAAACCCUUCAAAACGGAUUUUCGAACCCAAAUAACAGGAAAAAAUUCAGAAAAUGAAGUCCGAAGACUUGGCGGCGUCCCAAGAGGGAGAAAGAUGCUUGAAAGCUUUGAUUAUCAUGAUUGAGGUAUAGAAAAUGAAAAUGAAUGAGAUACUUAUUGAAAAGUUUCGCAGGUAUUCGCUCCACAUGUUUCUGCAGAAUUGUGGUCAGCUCUUGAGACUGUGACGUCAUCUGCUGAGAAACGAUGGCCUCAAGUCGAUGAAGAUGCUAAAAUCGAUUUCAUGCUCAUGGUUUUCGUGCUGAGAUCCUUUUUGAUUCGAAUUAUUUCUUUUAGGUUGAUGGAGUUAGUUGUGGAAGAUUGGCCGUGGACAGAAGGGAAGUCGAGGGACGGACCGUGGAGGAAACUUUGAGAAGGGCUCGUGAGUCUUAUAAAGAAAAGGAGGAAAAUAACUCAAAUAAUAAUUAUUUUUUUCCUUCGCGCAGAGAAUCUGUGUUUCCGGCAUUAACUUUGAAUGAUAAAGAAAUUCGGGAAGUUAUGAAAUUUUGAACGUUUGCUCAGGUUUUCGGGGCAUUCAUUAGCGAUUAAGAUCAUAAGACCUAUUGAGAAAACUACGGAGUUUACGUUAUGGCCAUCGAAAUGUUUCAUAUUUCAAGGAAUUAGUUUUCAUGAUAUUCUUGCAGAACGUGUGGAACACAAGCUAGUGCUUCAAAAAUUGGCUGAAGCUGGUCUGAAAACGCAGUCGGUGACGCAAUCGGAAAGACUUGGUGCGUUUUUUCAUUUUUUCGAUUUUUAAAAGCUUGCUCGUGAUCUGUUUAUUUUCCAAGCUCUUUGUCCGAAAAAGCUUUUUCUCGAGUUGAGUCAUUCAGUUUUCAAUUAUAAAACCUCACUCACUGUAUUAAAUAUUAUUUCUUCUCACGUUCAUUGAUUUUCCAGGGUUUCACAUGACCCUCAACAUGAAACUUCAAGGCGAUUCCGGAGUCAACGCAAAAAAAUUUCGAAGAUUUUGGAUGAGGUACAAACUGAGCGACGAAAAAGAAGUCAAAGGCGUAAAGAAAAACAAAGAAAAAAAGGAAAGCUAUUAA